AUGUCCGAAAAACCCAAGAAGACAUCACAUCUGAUAGGUGGGUUUGUAGGUGGGUUGACUUCUGCUGUGAUCUUACAGCCUUUUGAUCUUUUAAAGACAAGACUACAACAAAACCAAAACACAACAUUGUCCAAUGCCAUUAGGGUCAUCGGUUCUCCUGCCCAGUUGUGGAAAGGAACGGUACCAUCGGCUCUAAGGACGUCUGUGGGAAGUGCCCUUUUUCUUUCGACUUUGAACGUGGUGAGGACCACAAUUGCUGAAAGAAAGGUUUUUGGAGCCAGAAACAAGAAUGCAGAUAGUAGUUUUCUGCCUCAAUUGACCAUGUACGAGAACUUGGUUUCCGGAGGUGUGACCAGAGCUGUGGUAGGAGUAGCAACAAUGCCCAUCACAAUUCUAAAGGUGAGAUUUGAGUCUACAAUGUAUAAUUAUCGCAGUAUGGGCGAAGCUGCAAAACAUAUUUUCCACUCUGAAGGUAUCCGUGGGUUUUUCAGCGGAUGCAACGCUACGAUUCUGAGAGAUGCACCUUACGCUGGACUAUACGUUCUCUUCUACGAGCAAUUCAAGCUUCAAUUACCACAUCUUCUGCCCUCGCAAAUGCUAAAAAGGGAUGAGCAUGGCAUGUACUCUACCAAGACGUCAACCAUCGUGAAUUGCCUCGCUGCUUUUAGUUCGGCAAGUUUGGCAACAACUGUAACCGCACCUUUCGACACUAUAAAAACAAGAAUGCAACUGAACCCAACUCAAUAUUCAAGUUUUCUCCGAACGUUCACAUCCAUUAUCGCGCAUGAACGACCCAAAACCCUCUUUGACGGCUUAAGCCUAAGACUCGCUCGGAAAGCUCUCAGCGCAGGCAUCGCGUGGGGCAUCUACGAAGAGCUGAUCAAAAAGUUUUCAUAA